AUGUCACCAACGGUGGUGACAACGGAGAAUGCGUGUCUCUCGGGCCUGGAGUCACGUGACAGUGUAUUAAAUGACAAGGCCAUUCAGGCGAGGAGCCGCCCUUUUGAAGUAUCCGCGGUGGUGAAUUUAAUCGCUAUCGAAACCCCAGUGGGGACCCAAACUCUGGUUCACGAUAUUCCUGCUUUGGAGAUGGUUUUCACUGCACUGAAUCUAUAA